UUUAUCAGUAAAACAACUCACGAAUUAAUGGCUUUUCUAAAGAUGGUGUUAAUGGUGAUGGUGUUGUUCUGUGCUCUUGUGAGCACUGAUUAUGUGGGAACUGCACAAAGGAUGGAGAAAGCACAAGAGACUAAUACUGCAGUCAACAAAAUAAACACAGAAGGAAUUGCCAACGCACUAGGGAUAAGUACUACUCAAAUGAUAAGUCCAGGUCCAACAUCAGCAUCAGAUCAAAUGUGCAACUACAUAGGCCCCUGCAUUGCUGAAGUCCAUGAUGAAAAAUGCAACCAAUAUUGUAUUUUUCGAGGAUAUCUUAAGGGUUACUGUCAAGCAUCUAGUGCAGUUCCUCCAUAUCCUCUGUUAUGUUGUUGUAUUAAAAAAUGAUUUAUAUUGUACCUUAGAGU